AUGACGCACCAGCAGCGCCGAGUGGCACCGGUCGAGUGUCCUUUGGCGUCGCUGGGCCGCAACACACCCUCGAUGGACACGCGGCAGUACCAUCACCCACUCAGCUCGAGUCCGCUUGAUCCCCAAGCCUACCAGAUGUCCCGCAGUUCGCCCAUCCUGACGCUCGAUUCCGACCUCUACCCACCGGACUCCGGUGGUCUUCUGCCGGCUGUAAACUGUAAAGGAGAACCACCAUCCGAUGGCACCGGCACCGAUGGUGGUGGUGGAGGCGGUGGAUCGCGUCUCUCCCGCAGUUCAUCCUCGUCACUCGAUCAGAACGGAUCCUUUCUCCACCAGACACUCUCACUUCCGUUGCCACCACAUCCGCCAGCCACCGUUAAUGGGCAUGGCCACAGGAGAGCUUAUAGACCUGUGCGACCUCGCACCUACACACCAAUCGAUGCGUUGCUGACUAACACGUACCAGCAGCACCAUCAACGCCUAUCACCGGUGUUGCGUGGCGCACCUCAGGGUGGGUAUCACCACGCGGACGAAGGACACGCGCCCGGAUUGGGCGGACUUUCCGAGGCUGAUCGGUACUUUCUCGAGGAGAAGAUGGACGCGCUCUACAUCCAAGGUGCCAUCCGGCGCAACGCGAACGCCACACCGUCCAGUCUAACGCGCAACCAAUCUAGCAGCAGCAACAACACCGAGCGGUACUACCUCGAAAACGAGAACAUCGACGCGAUCUACAACUUCUGCCGGCGGAAUGCGAACGCUGGAGGUCCGUCUGGUUCGGUGGCCGCUCACAAUGCCCACAACGCGUCCUCGAAGGCGUCCUCGCAGGCCCAAUCCCAGGGUGGUGACUGUCUGGGAGAUUCCAGCUCACCACAUCUCCUCCGACGAGCGUCAAGUCCCGAGACUAGCGGAUCUGAUCGAUAUCUACUCGAUCGGAUACGAGGCUCACCGGCCUUCCGGAGUCCCCGAGGGACACACCUCAAAGUCGUCGGAUCAGCUGACUUCAUCGACGGACGGAUUCCUCUCACGAAAUCGCAACACUACGCUGACGGGUUGUCACGUUAUGGCCGGUUUUCACCGAACCUCGAUCAGGGCUACCACACGCUCGUGUCGCCGUCACCUUCCGGCCAACAGCAAUCCUCGAUACCGGCCUCGUGGACGACAAACGGGAACCACGGGACCGGUGGUGGAUCCACGUCGACCUCAUCGAGUCACGGAAGUCCAGCACAAAGCACACCCGGUGGAGGUGGCAGCGUGAACGGGAGCAAUCGGCCAGUCGAUGGUGCGACGAUCCUGACGAGCCUGGUGAAUGGACAUGGUGCGAGUCCGUACCGAGCCGGUCCGCUGUUCGAUCGGAUACCGGACGAACUGAUGGUGCGCAUCUUCGAGUGGCUGGACAGCAGCGAACUGUGCAAUAUUGCGCGCGUGUGUCGCCGAUUCGAGUCGGUCAUCUGGAAUCCGGCUCUGUGGAAAAUCAUCAAGAUCAAGGGGGAAGAAAACAGUGGCGAUCGUGCAAUCAAGACCAUCCUGCGAAGGUUGUGCGGGCAAACGAGAAACGGAGCGUGUCCGGGUGUGGAGCGAGUCCUGCUAGCCGACGGAUGCCGGUUAACCGACCGAGGACUACAGCUUCUUUCGAGACGAUGCCCGGAGAUAACACACCUGCAGAUUCAGAACAGCGUCACCAUCACGAACCAAGCGCUGUCGGAUCUUGUGACCAAGUGUACAAAUCUGCAACAUCUAGACGUAACCGGCUGUGCACAAAUCACGUGCAUCAACAUCAAUCCGGGGUUGGAGCCACCGCGACGGCUUCUGUUGCAGUACCUGGACCUGACGGAUUGUGCCUCGAUCUGUGAUGCCGGUAUUAAAGUUAUAGCCCGAAAUUGUCCUCUGCUGGUCUAUCUCUACCUUCGACGGUGUAUACAAGUUACAGAUGCCGGCCUCAAAUUUAUUCCAAAUUUCUGCAUCGCGCUUCGCGAGCUAAGCGUUUCGGAUUGCACCAGCGUGACGGACUUUGGGCUGUACGAGCUGGCGAAACUCGGUGCUACUCUGCGCUACCUUUCGGUGGCCAAGUGCGAUCAAGUGUCAGACGCGGGACUGAAGGUGAUCGCCCGACGGUGCUACAAACUGCGCUAUCUAAACGCCCGCGGCUGUGAGGCGGUUAGUGACGAUUCUAUUAACGUGCUCGCCCGGUCAUGUCCUCGGCUGCGGGCCCUUGACAUCGGGAAGUGUGACGUGAGCGAUGCCGGUUUGCGAGCCCUCGCCGAAAGCUGUCCUAAUUUGAAGAAGCUGAGCCUCCGCAACUGUGAUAUGAUCACCGACCGGGGGAUCCAGUGCAUCGCCUACUACUGCCGCGGGCUCCAGCAGCUCAACAUCCAGGACUGCCAAAUCUCGAUCGAGGGCUACCGGGCGGUGAAAAAGUACUGCAAGCGGUGCAUAAUCGAGCAUACGAAUCCUGGUUUCUGUUAG